AUGAAGAUCAAUGGUAUUCGGAAGAAAAAAUGUUCUCUUCAAACAGGUGAUGUAUGUCCAUGUGAAGAAAUAUUCUUUAAAAAAAAUACAGAUAUACCUCUUAGAUAUAUUUAUGUUGAAGGCCAUGAUUUUUUUGUUAACAAAGUGAUAAUAAAUUAUCAAAUAAUAUCCAUAGGAAAACCAAGUGAUAAAUUAUUUGUUAAAAUUCCAAAGAAUUGGAUGAAUAAUUGUACUAAUCUUAAUCUUGGGUUGGAUUUUAUACUUCCAAGUCCAAUAAUUAAGGUAAAUGAAAGUGUAAAAGUUCAAAUUCAUUUGACUUCACCAUUACAUCGAGUAGAUGAAAAUGAUACAAUGAUUCUUCGAUGGUAA